AUGAAGACCUUCUUCUCUCUUGCUCUCGCUGCCAGCAGUCUCUUGUCUGGUGCCGCAGCCCAACUCUUUGACUACUCUGCGCCUGCCACUGGUGCCGGGAAGUGUGCUCUCAUCAACGUUGUAAUGGACGAGUCCGGAUCAAUGGGUGGUGACCAAGCCUUCCUCCGGGGCGUGGCUCUUCCCAAGAUGGCAACAGAGCUCCAAAGCACUGCCUAUAACUACACCGACGUCUUUUUCUGCAGCGGCGGUUUCGGCCGUUCUUCUGGGGCCACCAAUCCCCAGUUCUACCGCCAUUUGGGCUGCACUUCCUACGAUUCUUCCGGUGUCAUUGCCAGUCAAGGCCCAGUCUCUUGGGUCGCCUCUGGCAGCGUCGAAGACGGCUGGGCUGGCAUGGAGUUUGCCAUGCGCGAUGUCACUGCUUCCAUUGAUGGCAUCGAUCUCUUGAGCCACUGUGCUACCAUUGACAAGAAUCUCAUUCUUGUGACCGAUGAAGAUCGCGAUGACCGCUACAAUGCCGUCACUGCCACCAGCAUUGCCAACUUGAUUGAUGCCAAUGGCUACGUCUUGAAUGUCAUUGUCAACAUUAUCAUUGAUGGCAACAACAAUAACUUUGGCAUGAAGAUUGGAGGUGCGGGCUCCAACAGCACCAUUUUCCAAUACGAUACUGCCGCCGCCGACAACUAUAUCACCUACAAUGACCUCCGUCCCUACACUGACUAUGUGACUGCGUACAUUGCCACCCAUCCUCACUACACCGAACUCAUUGUUGACAAGCCCGGAGCUGUCUGGAGCGUCAAUACUCUUCGCGCUGGUGGUCUUCUCACUCAGACCUUUGCCGAUGUGUUUGUGGAAAUCAAGGUCCAAGAGAUCGCUGAAUCUGGCGAUGGAGGUCGUGGCGAGCUUGGCGGAGAUCCUCACAUCACCACCUGGCGCAAUGAGCACUACGAGUACCACGGCCAAUGCGACCUUGUCAUGAUGAAGGAUCCCAACUUUGCCAAUAGCCUUGGCUUGGACAUUCAUAUUCGCACCAAGAUUGUCCGUUACUGGUCCUACAUCAAGACUGUUGCCAUCAAGAUUGGCAAUGAUAUCCUUGAGAUUGAAGGAUCUCCCGAUGCUCACGAUGCCGAAGCUCAUUACUGGGUCAACUACGAGUACCAAGGAGAGCUCGAUACCUUUGCUGGCUUUUCCGUCUCCCAGAAGCUUCCUUCUGCCUUCAAGCGCUCUUAUAUCAUUGACUUGAGCUCCAAGUAUCCUGGACAAUCCAUUACCGUUCAGCUCUACAAGGAGUUCGUUCGUAUCAAGCUCAAUGGCAACGAGGCCAUCUUUGGCAACACUGUCGGUCUUCUUGGCGAUUACAAGACUGGAGCUACUCUUGGUCGCGACGGCGUCACUAUCAUCAAUGAUUUCACAGAGCUUGGUGAUGAAUGGCAAGUUCUUCCAUCUGAUGGCAAGCUCUUCCACGAAGUUGCUCAUCCUCAAUUCCCAGAAGCCUGCAUCAAGCCCGAGGAUCCUCGUGGUGAACGAAAGCGUCGCUUGUCCGAGUCCAAAAUCUCCAUUGAGCAAGCCGAGACUGCUUGUGCUGCUUUGAAGGAUCCACUUGCCAUCAAGGACUGCGUCUACGAUAUCUUGGCCACCCAAGACUUGGACAUGGUUGGAGCCUUCUAG